AUGGAUUUGGCGCCAUGGUAUCUUUUUGGUCUUGAAGAGUUGAUAGCUUUGGAGGAUAUGGCCUAUCACUAUUAUUGUGAUAUUGGAGCCCUUGCACUGUCAGAGGCACUCAAGGUUAACACUACUUUGACCGCUCUAGGCCUGGGAAACAAUUCAAUUGGGAAAGAAGGAGUUCUUGCACUGUCAGAGACGCUCGCGACUAACACUACUUUGACUACCUUGAAACUGGGAUACAACUCAAUUGGGAAUGAAGGAGCUCUUGCACUGUCAGAGGCUCUCAAGAUUAACACAACCUUAACUGGUUUGGACUUGUCCGACAACUCAAUUGGGAAUGAAGGAGCCCUUGCAUUGUCAAUGGCACUCAAGACUAAUAUAGCUUUGACUGCCUUGGAUUUGUGGAGGAACCCAAUUGGAAAGGAAGGAGCUCUUGCACUACUAGAGGCGACCAUCACAAUAGUAUUUGAAUAG